AUGUCUAGCAGUAGUUCUGAAAGUAGUGACGAGAACUAUCACGAAAAAUCACGGAAAAGACGUAAACACAGACAUCCUAGCCAAGACAGACGAUCCUGCAGAAAGGAAUCGAGCAGCAAGAAUAAAAGUUACAAAGACAAGAGAGAAGGUAGGGACGUUCACAAAUUUAGCAGAGACAUAAGAAGAGAAAAUAAUGAUGUGCAUUGUGAUAGAUCGCAAGGCGAACGGGAUAGGUUAUAUAGGGAUAAUCGACAUGAGAGGAGGGAAGAGGAGAGACAAUAUGAUAGAAAAAGAUAUGAGAGAUCGCCUUUAAAAAGAGAAGAAUCUCGUCCAAGGCACAGAGAUCAUGAGGACAAAACUAGAAAAUACAAAGAUCCUGCUGAAUAUAAUAAGAGAAGUGACACUGUCAACAAAGGAGCAAGGAAUAAUCUUGAAGAAGUAAAAGUAAAAAAGGAACCGUCUCCAGAAUGGGGCAAAGCAGCUGUUAAAACAGAACCUAAACCAAAGUCGCAAGAGAAAGAGAAACCAAAUUUUGAAUUGUCUGGAAAAUUAACGGAGGACACAAACACUGUGAAUGGUGUGGUUAUUAAAUAUACUGAACCUGCAGAUGCAAGAAAACCUAAACGUCGAUGGAGAUUAUACCCUUUCAAAGGAGAAAAAGCAUUGCCAACUUUGUAUAUCCACAGACAAUCAGCCUAUUUAAUGGGCAGAGAUCGCAAAGUUGCUGAUAUUCCCUUGGAUCAUCCUUCAUGCUCUAAGCAGCACGCAGUUUUACAGUAUCGUUUGGUAUCUUUUCAAAAAGAAGGCGGAGGUGAAGGAAAAAGAAUUCGACCUUAUCUCAUAGACUUGGAAUCUGCAAAUGGUACAUUUGUAAAUAACAUAAAAUUAGAACCACGGAAAUACCAUGAAUUAUUGAAAAGGGAUGUGAUACGUUUUGGAUUUAGUUCAAGAGAAUAUGUUUUGUUACAUGAACAUAGCAAGGAUGAUUCGUUAGAUGAUGAUGUUCCCUCAAGUACUACAAGGUAAAGAGGGAACGUUCACCAGAAUGGGGUAAACCUACUGUCAAGGCAGAGCGUAAACCAAGGCUAGAGGAAAAAGAAAAACCAAAUUUCAAGUUGUCUGGAAAAUUAACAGAAGAUACGAAUACUGUGAAUGGUGUGGUUAUUAAAUAUACUGAACCUGAAGAUGCGAGGAAACCAAAACGUAGAUGGAGGUUAUAUCCGUUCAAAGAAGAAAAAGCAUUGCCUACUCUGUACGUUCACAGACAAUCGGCUUAUUUAAUGGGCAGAGAUCGCAAGAUUGUUGACAUUCCCUUAGACCAUCCUUCGUGCUCUAAGCAACACGCGGUUUUACAGUAUCGUUUGGUAUCUUUUCAAAAAGAAGGCGGUGGUGAAGGAAGAAGAAUUCGACCUUAUCUCAUAGACUUAGAAUCUGCAAAUGGUACAUUUGUAAAUAAUGUGAAAUUAGAACCAAGAAGAUAUCAUGAAUUAUUAGAAAGAGAUGUGAUACGGUUUGGAUACAGUACUAGAGAAUACGUCUUAUUACAUGAACAUAGCAAAGAUGAUUCAUUAGAUGAUUAA